GAUACUUGGUUACAGAACAAGAAAUCCCAAAAGCACUUUAUUGGAUACUCACAAGCAUUUUCCACAACAAGACUAACCUCCUCUUCUUAGAUAAGAAAUUGUUGCAGCUAAAUUAAAUGCUUUCGUGGUGGAUUAGUCUUCCUACUCAAACUAUUAAAAGGCAAACUACUACUGCAAGACAAACUUCUCGAUUUUGAAGCUUAAUUAUAUAGACAGCCCUUGCUUACAGCUGAUCACAUGACAUUUGGUUGCAUCAGCAAAUAUAUCAAUAAAGACAUUAUCACAUGCUAAAAAUCUGACGCUGGAAGUAUCUGGCUAGUUUCUCCAUUUUGUCGACUAAGCGGCAAAAAAAAAAAAAGGGCAUAAAUUAACCGGAGUCUCGCAAACCCACAGAGAAAAUCCAGUUGCUGCUGCAGGGAGAUGGGUGUAGGUCUUUGUAAUAGGAGGACCUUGCUGCCUUUCAUAGGAAUGGUAAUAGUGAUCCUGGCUCAUAUUACAAACAUGGUAGUCGUCAAAAUAGCCAUCUCCAGAGGGAUGAACAAGAAUGUACUUCUUGUCUACUCCUAUGCCCUCUCCACCAUUUUUCUUCUUCCUUGCGCCUUAAUAUUCCACAGAUCAAACAGGGAUUCUUUCACCUUCUCCACGCUCAGUAAAAUCUUCUUACUUGCCCUGAUUGGAUUCGUUUCACUGACUUGUACGUAUGCUGGUUUAGAGCACGGAUCUCCCAUGCUCGGCUCAGCCAUGCUCAAUCUCAUUCCAGCUUUCACCUUUGUACUUGCCGUUAUUUUCAGGAUGGAAAAGCUCGAGUGGAGUAGCACCACCAGCCUAGCAAAAUCCUUGGGGACAAUAGUCUCAAUUACUGGAGCUUUUAUCAUGACAUUUUACAAAGGCCCGCCUAUCAUGAAGACAUCUUCUGUUGCUGUUUCACCCACACAACAGUUAUUUGCAUCAAAAUCAAUCUGGAUUUUUAGCGGACUUCUGUUUGCAGCUGAAGCACUUUUGACUUCAACAUGGUAUAUAUUGCAGGCAUCAAUCCUUAAGAAGUUCACAGCAGUGUUUACCAUAAUGUUUUACACCUGCUUUUUUGGUACCAUUCUGUCUGCCUUGUACUCUCUGAUUGUAGUUGAAGAUUCAGAUGCUUGGCAAUUAAGCCUUGAUGUGGGGUUGUUUUCUGUAUCAUACUCAGCAGUUUCAAUUGUAUUUCGUAGCAGUUUAUGUACAUGGUGUCUGUCGAAGACAGGACCUGUCUAUGUUUCUAUGUUCAAGCCCUUGGGAAUUAUCUUUGCUUUAACCAUGGAUGUCAUCUUUUUGGGAGAAGUUCUUCGUCUUGGAAGUUUUAUUGGGACAGGCAUUAUUGUAAGUGGAUUUUAUGCUGUGAUGUGGGGAAAGGCUAAAGAAGACUACGUGAAUAGUGAGACAGGUGUGGAGAGUUUCAGAUCACCCGAUGAAAACGUCCCACUGUUGCAAGCCAGAGUUGAAGAAAUAUAGGCACUUCAGAAGAAUUUCAAAUGUACAGUUAAUAAGAUAAACAAAAACAUGAAU